AUGGACACCUUUUCUAGGCGGGGUAAAGUCACCAAGGUCUUCAGCUUCACAUCCACGAUCACCAUACUCAAUCUGAUAUUGGACUCUGUUGCCCGAUUGGACGGCGCCGACUCCAAUGUCCUGGAAUCGGAAUCCAAUGCGGAACAGCCGAGCCAUGUCCUUCUUUCCCCUAAGGAUCAUAUCAUAACCAAUCCUAUUCGUCGCUCAUUCCCCCUCCAGCGUCCUUGA